GUGUUCCUAUGGGGAAUAUUUCGAAGUAGGACAGCGGUCCACUCGGAUAGAAAACGUGUGGAUGUGUUGUAAGGUUUACUGGAGUUUAGGCCAUUCAGUAAACAUUUAUUCCAGAUAAAAAAGAAGAGGGGAAGCCAUGAAGAAGAAAGCCCACAACAGAGAGGUGUCGCCAGGACAACAGUCAGCUGACUACACAGUGGGUCAGGUGUCAGGAAGCUUAUUCCAGAAGAACUCUGCAGCCUCUGGAUCCCUGUCGGCUUUAUUCAGCACAGCAGCAGCAUCCACAGCGCUGCUGUUCAAGCCUGCGCCUCUGCCGGUUCAAAAAAGCACAGAAACCAAAGAGGAGAAGAAGCAGCAGCCAGCUAAGGAGAAAUCAGCAGCCAAUCAGGAGCUGGAAAAAAGAGAGAGUGGUUUACAAAAGGCAGACGAGGAUGAGGACGGGCCAGAAAAACCCAACAGGAAGAGGAAGAGACAAACCUCCGAGUCGGGCAGAGAGAACGACACAGAGUACUGGGUGAUGAAGAGACAGAGGCUGAAGGCCAGCAAGGCGCAGGAGACCUUGAAGAAGAAAAGGACUGUGUUUGUCGGCAACCUUCCCAUCAGCUGCACCAAGAAGACCCUGCGGAGCCUCUUCAGGGAUAAAGGAUCCAUCGAAUCUAUUCGCUUUCGCUCUGUGGUCAGAGAGGACCCCUCCAUGUCUCGUAAAGUAGCUGCUAUCAAGCGCAAAGUCCACCCAAAGAAGCAGAGCAUCAAUGCCUACGUAGUGUUUAAAGAUGAAGAUGGCAUCACCAAAGCUUUGGAGAGGAAUGGCAUGGAGAUAGAGAAAGACUUUCACAUCCGAGUGGACAGAGUGGCCGACAGCUCAUCUCACGACCACAAGCGUUCUGUUUUCGUGGGGAAUCUCUCAUUUGACAUCAACGAGCUGACUUUUCGAAGGCAUUUCGAAGAGUGCGGGACAGUGGAGGCGGUGCGACUGGUGCGAGACAAGAACUCGGGCUUGGGGAAAGGAUUUGGUUACGUCCUGUUUGAGAGUACCGAUUCUGUGCAGCUGGCGUUGAAACUGGACGGCUCAAAGCUGGAGGGCAGAUCCAUCCGGGUGAAGAGGUCACUGAAGAAGGAGAAGCAGAAGAGUAACGGUGAUGGCAAAGCAACAAGAAGGAAGACCGGCAAGACUCUGAAGACGGGUUCUGGACGGGAGAGGGCGGCUGGUCGAGGAGCUUUCAAGUCCCCAAGGAAGGUGAUGGGAAACCAGCGCAAGUUGAGCAGAAGCUCCGCUUCUUUCAAAGGAGAGAUGGCAGAUCCAGACAAAAAGACUAAAAAGAAAGCACUGAAGAAAAAGAGAGUGAAGCCAGAAAAGUCUGUUCAUAUUUAAACUGAGGACAGAAAAAGCAUGUGGUCGCUGUGAUCAGAGUCGUUUGGAAGAGCAGCAGGUUCAGAGCCUGACUCCAACACAGCUGACAUCCAGGCAGCUAAACGAGAACUUCCUCUGCCCAGCAUAAAGUCACAGGUCCUUCCCACAGGGCUGUGUUGGACUUGAUCUGUAACCGUUUCACUUAUUUGGUUAAAAUACGUCAUUUCUUUUA